AUGAGUCCUCGUACAAUGAGACCAAUUAGAAAUGCAAAAUCACCAGUUAAAUUCCAAUCUUUAUCCCCUAAGAAAUACCCGCUGGUUAUGAAUUUUAAAAUUCCUGAACUGAGUGCAUUUACAAUCAAUAGUCCACCUAGUGGUAAUAAAGAGAAUGUUAAUAAUUGUGAAUCUCCUAUCAAGAGAAAACCAUUAAUUGAAAGAUUUAAGACUGGCGAUGAAUUUAUUUCAAAAUCAAGUGUUCAAGAUAAGGUUGACAAGAAUUUAGAUGAAUUAGAAGAUGAUGAGUUUGAUGCUGAACAAGAUGAUAUCUCUCAACCAACAAUAAUCAAAGGUGAAUCAAUCAAUAACAAAUUAGGAAGAAUAUUUGAAGAUAUUGAUCCACCUCAUUCAACUAUUAAUAGAGAUACCAUUUUUGAUGAAGAUGAUGGCGAAUCAUUUGUUGAUAAUAUCUUUCAAGCAAUUAGUGAUAGAAAUGCAGGUAAAGCAGAUUUUCAAAAGGCAUUAUUGAAAUAUACUGAAUUGAAUCAUAAAGUUAAAAUUGAUAAGAAGUUAACUGAGUUAAUUUCAUUGACUGAUGAUUUAAAUUUAUCUGAACUUCAAAUUAAACCAAUUGAUACUAGUUAUGAUGAAAGUAAUAUUGAAGAAAAAUACUUUCAGUUACUUGCUAAAUAUGAAGAUUUAAAGGAUCAAAUAGUUCAUGCUCAAGAUACUGUUCUGAAGUUCAAAGAAACCCAUCUCUCUAUGAUUUACCAUAUUAAGCAUUUUGUAUUCUCUCCACCUUCCAAGACUGACGAGACCAUAGUUCCAAACACUAAAAUUAAUUUAUUUGAACAACUUGUAUUUGGUGAUUUAUUCGAAGAUAUUGAAUUAGAGGAAACAGAAAAAGUUUGA